GUCUAUGAUCGAUUUAUGAAAACACAAAACAUGUAAACAACGUUAUAAACAAAUUAAAAUUACUCCUUUGUAAAAUGUAAACUUAUCUUUAAAAUACAGUAGAAAUAAAAAUACGUGUGUUCACGUGACCCAUGAGACGUGGGUGUAUAAGCCAAUCGUAAUCAGUGUUGUGAUGCUAUGAAUUCUUAACAGCUACCGUCAUCUGAAACUUCAUUGUCUCUCUUCUUGUCGAGUGGUGACAUUCGUUCGUCAUGUCUAAGGUGUACGAGUUCAACGUAGCCAUGACCUGCGGCGGCUGCUCCGGAGCUGUGGAGAGAGUCCUGGGGAAGCUGAAAGGUCAAGGUGUCGAGGAAGUCGACAUAUCCCUGGAAGACCAGCUGGUGCGCGUCAAGUCGACCCUGGCCCCAGAGGAGUUGCUGGAAGUCAUCAAGAAGACAGGCAAAGCAACAACCUACCUCGGCGUGAAGAACUGACCAUCUUGAGAUGCUGACGUCAAGUAUUGUGGCUGCUAUGACGCGGCAUCAACCUGAUGCACGUGUUUUAUCACUUCUUGUCAUGUUUGUUAUAUGGGUAUUUUUUUAUAACGAAUCAUUUUAAAUACUUAUGUACUGACCAUGUGUGGUACACAUUUUAAAAAAGUGCUAUCGGAAGGCAGUUUUGAGUAUCAACUCAUUUUUUUUAAAGUACACUAUGAACUUGAUGCUUUUUUACUUUGAUCCACAUUGAGCGGGUGAUGAUUUUAGCUUGUUUUAUAACAUUUUCUUAUUACUAUUUUAAUUUUAAUUUGUUUUAUUCCAUAAAACCAAAAAUAACUCUUAUAAUUAAGUAAAACUAUAUAUACAUACUUAUUUUGGGGUGAUAUUGUACAUGUUAUUAGAACUUGCAUGCAAGACUAAGACUGAAAUGAGCUUAGAAAAAUUUUAUAUAUGUAUUUUUUUUUGUUAAUGGGUACCUAUCAUAUUUACAUUAUCAUGAAACUUUCAACAGUAGUAUAUUUCAAUAAAUUUUCAACAGUAAAUGUUUUACUCUAAGUACUAUUAAUUUGUUUUGUUACCCCUUUUUCAGUUGUAAAGAAGGAAAUGUUUUAACAUCUCUUUGUAGAAAUUUAUGAUUUGAUGUAUCAUUAUUUUUGUACACAUUGAAUAAAAGUAAACCAGUGUGCAUUCUAUGAAAAGACUGCUAGGCAGACGUGCAAAUUUUAACUGUACAGGGCUCGAACUCCAUUAGUGACGGUUAUUGCAGACUGAUGUGAACUUGUUUUGUAUAUCCGUUAAAAGGUCGGCUUGACUGCUUUCUAUGGCUGUUAUGGUGCUUUAAAAAUAUAGGAACAGUUCCCAAAAAGAAUGCAUUUAUGGAACAUAGUCAUCUGAAAGGACUUAAUUUCUGCUUCCACAUGCAUUAUGUAAAACUGAUGAAUGCUGUGAACAACAUGGAGUGUUUGUAAAAACCUUCGUGAAAAUAAAGCUGUGAUGAAAAUGAA